AUAAUUCAACCAGCAAAAGUACCAUCCACACUCAAAACCUCUGUAUCACUCGAGCAGCAAAAAUACGAGCAACGCUCAAAAAUGUCUUCGGCAAAUGCCUCUGAUUCCUUUUCCACUGCCAUGACCCCUGUAUUGAGUUACGACGUUUUCUUGAGUUUCAGAGGUGAAGACACCCGUAAAGGUUUCGUCGACCACCUCUCUACAACCUUACACGAAAAAGGUAUCCACACUUUCAAAGACGACACCGAACUCAAGAGAGGGAGUUCCAUUUCCCCAAUACUCGAAAAAGCCAUUGAAAGUUCUGAAGUCGCACUCGUUGUCUUCUCGAAAAACUAUGCCGACUCGUCUUGGUGUUUAGAUGAGAUUGUUAAGAUCGUUGAAUGUAACAAGAAAUUUGGCCAAAAGAUUUAUCCUGUAUUCUACAAUGUGGAUCCUUCUGAUGUUAGGAAGCAAAAAGGGAGUUACAAAAUAGCUUUUGACAAAUAUGAAAACGAUCCUAACGUGGAGAAGGAGAAAAUUAAGAGCUGGAGGAAUGCUUUGAAGGAAGCUGCUAGUGUUUCUGGAUGGGAUACCAAUCAUACUGCUGAUGGACACGAGUCGAAAGGCAUCAGAGAAAUUGCUCGAGAAAUUUUAAAGAAUUUGAGCCAUACAAUCUCUCGAUUUAAAGAAAACCUGAUUGGAGUAGAGUCGCAUGUUCAGAAAGUGACAUCACUGUUGAAUCUUGAGCGAACUCAAGAUGUUCGCAUGAUAGGUAUAUGGGGUAUGGGUGGCAUCGGGAAAACAACUAUCGUCAGGACUGUGUUUGAUCAAAUAUUUAACGAAUUUGAAGGCAGUUGCUAUCUUGACAAUGUAAGAGAAGUUUCCAAAACUUUAGGACUGAAUUCGUUAGAAGAAAAAUUACUCUCUGACACUUUGAUGGAAAAAAGCGCAAAUCUCCACAAUAAUACGUCUAUGCUAUUCGCAAGGUUACGUCACAAAAGGGUGCUUGUUGUUCUUGACGAUGUCAAUGAACUCGAGCAUUUAGACAGACUGGCUGGAGGGCAUGAUUGGUUUGGAGCCGGAAGCAGAAUCAUCAUAACAACAAGAGACAGACAGAUACUUUCGCCACGUCAAAUUGAUGAUGUAUAUGAGGUCAGUUUCUUAGGGACUGAUGUAGCACUGAAGCUGUUUAGCAAAUUUGCCUUUAAGGAAGGUUUCCCUAAAGAUAAAUUUGAAAUGCUUGCACAUAAGGCAAUUAGAUAUGCUCGCGGUCUUCCUUUAGCUCUUAAGGUGUUGGGCAAUUUUUUACAUGGUCGAGAUAUUGAUGAAUGGGAAAAUGCAUUGGAUAGAUUGGAAGAAAUUCCGGAAGAUAAAAUCUUGGAGAAACUUAAAUUGAGUUUUGAUGCACUGAAUGACAUGGAGAAGAAGAUAUUCCUUGAUGUUGCUUGCUUUUUUAAGGGGAAGAAGAAAGAAUAUGUGAUAAGAAAACUUGACGGCUUCGGUCAGCAAGCCAAGGAAGCAGUAAGAGAUUUGAUUCAAAAAUCUCUUAUAACUAUAACCACUGAUGACAGGCUUCAGAUGCAUAACUUAUUACAAGAGAUGGGUUGGUACAUUGUGCGACAUCCGCAUCCUAACAAUCCUGAGAAACACAGCAGGUUAUGGUUGCCUGAGGAAAUAAGCUAUUUACUAACCGAAAAUGUGGGAACAAAAGAUAUUGAGUGCAUACAUGUGGACUACUCAGAACCAGAGAGCGUGAAAAUAAGCUCGAAAGCCUUUACAAAUAUGGAAAACCUGAGGCUUCUCAAAAUCCAUAAUGCAAGCAUUGAGCAAAUUCCAGCUUCUAUUCCAAGAAACUUGCAAUGGCUUGAUUUGCAUAAGUACCAAGCAAGGAUUUUGCCUGCAAAUUUUCAAGGAGAAAAGCUCGUUGGACUGAAACUGUCCCAUAGCCAUAUUGAACACAUUCGAGGACUUGAAAAGGCAAAAUUGAACAAUUUGAAGUUCAUCAACCUCAGUUACUCUAAAAAAUUGUUGAAAACUCCAGAUUUCAGCAACAUUCCAAAUCUUGAAAAAUUGGAUCUCAGCAAUUGUAAGAGCUUGGAAGAGGUUCACGCGUCCCUUGGGAAUCUUAAGAAGCUUGUAUACUUAAAUUUGGCGCACUGCGUUAAACUAAAGACUCUACCAAGUAGUAUCCAUUUUAAACUUCUGAAAACAUUUGUUCUCUGGGACUGUGUGAAAUUAGAAAAUUUUCCAGCAGUGGCUGGGGAAAUGGAAUGCUUGUCGGAGCUUCAUUUGGAAGGGACUGCAAUAAAAGAGCUACCCCCAUCAAUCAGCAACAUUUCUGGCCUUGUUUUGAUAAAUCUCAGCAAGUGCAAAAACCUAAAAAUUCUUCCAAACAGCAUUUGUGAUUUCAAAUGUUUGCAAACUCUCAUUCUCUCUGACUGCUCACAGCUUGAAAAAUUGCCAGAAAACCUUGGACAAGUCAUAUCAUUGGAAGAACUUCUGGUAGAUGGAACUGCUAUUACACAACCACCGCCAUCCAUUACAUGUUUGACGAAGCUGAAUGCCUUAUCAUUCAGUAGAUGCAAGCGGCCAAAAUCUCUGAGUUCUCUGUUUUCAGGUAAUUUGGAGUCAUCAGUCUCUUCUCUAUCUGUUAAGUUACCUUUGCCAAAAAUAGGAUUCUCCAAUAGCAAACAGACAAAAGGAUCUUUGCCUCCACCCCGACCAUCUUUAUCAGGUUUAUGUUCCUUAAAAAAAUUGGAUCUCAGUUCCAGCGAUCUACUUGAGGAAAUAUCAGCUGAUCUUGGCAGCUUGUCAUCUUUGGAAGAGUUAGAUCUGAGCAGAAAUAACUUCGUAAAGUUUCCAGCAAAAAUUUCUGAACUUCCACGACUCAAAAUCUUGAAACUGGAAAGUUGCAAUAGUCUUGUAUCACUGCCGGAUCUUCCAAAAUGUAUAGCUGUACUGGAUGCAGAUGAUUGCCAAUCAUUAAAAAGCUUGGCUAACCUCUCUGAAAAGCAUGCCUUCUUAUGGAAGGUCUCAUUUCACAAUUGCUUCAAACUGUUCAAAAAUGAGGAGAACCGUAAUGCUUCUGAUAAGUUGCUACACUCUUUACUUCAGGGACAAGCUGCUGUGGAUAGUCGAUUUAGUAUACUCAUUCCUGGAAGGGAGGUUCCAGAGUGGUUCAGUUACCAAAAGAUGGGUCGUUCAGUAACCAUCCCCUUAACUACAAAUUGGCAUGAGAAUGUCACUGGGAUUGCAGUUUCUAUCGUCUUUGAGUGUCUGGUACCAAAAUCAAAAAUAGGGGUCACGUUCAAAUUGAUAAGCCGGGAUCAUGAGGAGUUCAUCGCUAAUAUCACUCAAACUGCCACUAAGCUGGAAGAGAACUAUGAAUCUGCUCAUGUGUGGAUAGGCUAUGUAUCAUUCCAUCUUUUCCAGCUUCUAUUUCCAAAAUUUCAGUCAGAUGAUUGGGCUAAAAUAGAUGGAUGUCUCACAAUUAAGACAAAGGAAGAGGCAUGGAUCAAGCCAAGAGGAUGUGGUAUUCGCUUAGUUUACAAAGAAGAUGUGAAAGAGACGUCGCAAUAUAUGGAGACUCAUCCUGGGGUUGACCAAGAAUUGAAAAUAUUAGAAGAGGCAGAAGAGAGUAUCGAUGUACUGACUUUUGGUGUCAAUCAAUUGAACUGGAGUGUAGAUCCUAUCGAGGAAGAGGGCAAUCAAAUUCAAAGCUUGAGAUCCUCCACUACCUUCAAGGUACAGAAGACACUAUCGUUUGAUUACUAGUUACCAUAAGGAGGGUCUUACAAUGCAUGGCCAAGUCGUUUGAUUCUGUUGGUAGUUGUCUAUGUUUGUUUUUCCAUUUUUUUAUCCUACAAAAAAAGAAUAGACAUUGUGGCUUCCUAUGUUUUCUCAAGUCAAUUCGAUGCAUGGAAAAAUAUUCAUAAUUUUUCUUUUGUUCUGAUUAAUGUUGUAUUGGGUGUUAUGUUGCUUAGUAUUACAAGACCAAAAUCCUCGUCAAAUAUUUGGUUUGUCUUUCUGUGUAUUGUGUGUGUCCCCUUGUAUAGUAAAUUUUAUUAUGGUGAGAUUGCGUAUGUUAUUGAAAUCAUUGUGGCUUAUAUUGUA